CUCCUUGUCAUCCUCAGGGUCUGAGCUUGUUUAAGUCUAUGUCGUCGUCUAGAUGUCCGAGCCAUGAGCGCUAGCGCCGGCAUUAACAGACUCGCAUGGGGUGCAGUCUGCUAGGUGUGCUAAAUACACUAAUGUCUUCAUAGCUGUGACUUGAGGAAAUGUAGUGUAGAGUACGAGGUGAGUCUUUCAGUGUGCCGUUGGACCGUUAGAAUGAUGAGUCGCUGGCCGGAUCUUAACUGUUACAAUGAUACAAUGACUACGCCCAUCACGCACGCAGCCAUAUGGUAUUUGUCUCGCACCCAGACCCACAGUAUUCAUACCCCAUUUCGCAGUGGCGGGGCGUGGAUACGGUGGGUCUGGAUACAAGGCAAAAUUGUAUUUUGCUUUCAGCUGGUUUGUCUGUCAGCGGCUAUAUUCAGUGAGUUGCCGAAUGGUGAGGCUCAUGAUUAUUGGUGAGCCAGACACAUGCUAUGUGAAAUUUCCUUUGCCAACUGCAGAUAAGAGAGCACAUCUGAGCACAUCUGAGUACAGUACAGUCCUCGCCAGCCUGAAGACCUCAAAUAUCCUAUUCAAUUCUGCUUUUUAAGUUGUGUGAUUUACAGGUUGCCAAUUUGCAUAACUCAACACAAAGCCAAACUGCUUGAGUGGUAAUACAAGCAGAACAUUGAGACGGCGGUAGCGCCAGCGGCCAGCC